AUGUCCACCGAUAGAGCCCGUUUUUUUUGCCAAUGGACAGACUGCGACGCCGUGUUUAGCGCGCCGGCAGAGAUGUGUGUGCACGUGGCGAUACACGCCGCUCACGGGCAGCGGUGCCGCUGGAACCUGUGCGGCCGGCAGUGCGACUCGCCCUCUGCGCUGCUGAGCCACCUGGUGCUCCACUGCAAGACGCCGUUUGCGUGUCUCCGCUGCAGCAGCGAGUUUGCCGCCGUCGACGAGCUGUACGAGCACGAGAGACACCACAAGCAGCCUGUCGCGGCCGAUCCGCUCAGAGCAGACCUUGUGUCGUACCGAAGCGCAUCGCCGCCCCGUUCGCGCGGGCAGUGUCCCAAAAUAGAGCGCAAGAUUGCACAGCUGCACCAGCAGCUUGUGCGCACGUACACGGCGAGGCCGCAGAUCGACACGACGGCGCUGCCGGCAGCAGCGCUCGAACAGUGCGCAGCGCAGCUGGAACAGUACCACGCCAAGCUCGAACGGCUGCACCAAAAAGACACUACUGGCUGA